UUAGUCGGCUUCGUUGUUUCACAGGUGUUGCCGUAGAGUUGCAUGCGUUGCUUGUUCGGCUCCUUCGUGGCUGUUCUGACUGCGCUCCUUCUCCCUUCCUGUCGGUUCGAAAGUUACGACAUUUUGAUCGGAAGCAACAACGGGAGCUCGCUGUAACUUUGUCCCUUUCGCGCGCUUCGUCGACCAAAUCCCGUAAAUCCGCCGAACGGAGGGAUUUAGUAAAUCUGGAUAAAUCCGGGAUUUACCCAUCGCUGUAAUUUAACGCGCGGACAAAAAUCGUUUGGCUGGAUUUAGCGUAAAUCCGAUUUAAAUCCCGCUGUAAAUUCGAUACCAAACAGCUUCAGUAGGAUUUAAAGUUGAUUUUGGGAACGCAAUGUCUUUUUGCUGUGAAAAUGCUCUUCUCCGUUUUCUUGCCAGAUGUCCACAACUUCAGUCCAAUCCCAAGUUUGUCGGUCUCGUGCAGAAGGGGCGGAACCUUUCAGAGGAAGACUUGGUAGCUGUCGUAACUAUUCCCUUUCUACACCCCAACUAUACAAUCCGGGCAAUGGGAUGUUUCCGCCCACUUUGUCGACAGAUUAUGCAGAGGGCAGUGGCGAAGCUGCAUAGUGUGCCGAACUUGGUGUUAGAAUUUGGAGAAGAUGAUGAAGAAAUUGGAAAUGAAGAUAUGGAUGUGAUCGACUUCUAUGUUAGGAGGAGAAGGGGUUUGAGACUUCACGAGCUUGCUUGCUUGGCCUUUUGCAGAGCUAUGGAUUUGGCCCCUUUCUUAUUAACGUAUCUGUUAACUUAUUUUCAGUUUGCACCAGCUCCCUUCAGACGCCUUUUGUCAGUGGAGAAAGCAUUGUACUUCACAGAAAAGAUUGAUAUCAGAAUUGUUGACAUAAUUCGCGUAUCUUAUCGGCUGCUGCUCUUGGACCCCAAAGUUUUUUCUGAACUAUGGGAUUGGUCUGCUUUUUAUGAUCUGGUGCAGCAUGUUAACUGUCCCCAGAUAGAAACUGCAGAUCCAGUAUUUAAUGAUUUAUUGGACAUUAGGUGGUGUGUGAUACAGGUAUUGUCGGUUGUUAUGCGAACAAGUGAUAGAAUUAUUGCUAAUCUUGGCAUGGGGGCAGAGGAAGCUUUUAUGUGCUUACUUCGCUGGCAGGAGUAUUGUCAGGACACGUCACUUGAAAAAGCUGGUUGGUACCUAAAAGAAGCUGAAGUGACACAUGAAACCAAUAAUAAUGAACUAUCAAAUCAUUAUCAAUACAUUAAUUUUUUUGAUUGGUCAUAUUCUUUUGAUAAUGGCUCUCGAAGGAGCCUCGAGAAUAUGGUUUCAUGUGAACAUAAGCCAUUGACUGGGAAUUUUGUCUUGACAACUGCUGUGAAGAGGAGCUUUGAGAUGGUUUUGAUGGCAGCCAGUCAAAAAUGGCCUGUACUACUUUAUGGCCCUGCUGGUUCUGGAAAAACUGCAUUGAUUAAUGAUUUAGCACUUAAAAGUGGAAGUAGAGUUUUAUUUAUUCACAUGGAUGAACAAAUGGAUAGCAAAUCACUUAUUGGAAGUUAUGUUAGCUCAGACCAGCCUGGGGAAUUCAAAUGGCAACCUGGAUCUCUUACGCAGGCUCUUUUGGGUGGCUUUUGGGUGGUAUUUGAAGACAUUGACAAAGCCCCUAAUGAGAUACAGUCAAUUAUAUUACCUUUGUUGGAAGGCUCAAGUUCGUUUGUUACAGGCCAUGGCGAGGUGAUAAGCGUUUCAGAAAGAUUUCGUUUGUUUGGUACAAUAUCAACCUCAACACAUGAAUUUCGUCAAACAACUGAAGGAAGGCUUUCCCUUAGCGUCUUUUGGAGGAAAGUCAUGGUUCGGGCUCCCAGUAGAGAUGAUAUGAUUGAUAUAAUUAAUGCAAGAUAUCCAAUUUUAGACUUCUUAUCCUCACAGCUUGUUGAUACAUUUGAGCGGGUCAACUCUGUUGUUUCUUAUCAAAUAGGAGUCAUGUCAGCUUCUGCUUUCAAUAGAUUCUCUUUAAGGGAUCUUCUCAAAUGGUGCAAGAGAAUUGCAGCGUUGCCUCUUAACUUGUUUGCCUUUGGCUUAUCAUUAUCAGAUUCAGAAAAUAUUUAUCAAGAGGCUGUUGAUUUGUUUGCGGCUUUCUUGCCCAUGUCUGAAAACCGUUCAUUGUUGAUCAGAGAAAUUGCUAACUUAUGGAGUGUUCCUCUUGAAGGGGCAAUGUUGUACCCUUCAAACAAGCCAACCCUUCAGAUGCGGCUAUCACGCCUUCAAGUUGGGCGAGUUGCACUCCAGCGUGUUAAAAGAAUUGAUAUUCAUGAUAGGCAGCCUUUUGUUAGUAUUCGUAGUGCUCUACAGUCACUUGAGCGAAUAGCUUGUUCCGUUAAGUACAAUGAACCGGUUCUUCUAGUAGGUGAAACUGGAACAGGAAAGACAACGCUUGUACAGAAUCUGGCUAUGAUGCUUGGGUACCCUCUGAUUGUUAUGAACUUAAGCCAGCAAACUGAUGUUGCUGAUCUGCUGGGUGGCUAUAAGCCUACUGAUGCACAGUCAAUAUGCAUGCCUCUUUAUCAUGAAUUCAAGGAGUUGUUCUGCAAGACUUUUUCCAAGAAGGAUAAUGAAGCUCUGCUUCGCCAGUUUGAGAUAUUCAUAUUAGAAAAGAACUGGAAAAAAUUACUGCAUGCUUGCCAGAAGUCGGUUCACUUUGUCCAGAAACUGUUGGCUAAAACAAGAGAAUCUGGCUGUGGCUCGAAGAGAAAGAGGCCAUUGAUUGAAGAGACAGUUCAAAAGUGGGAGUCAUUGUCUUUGGGGCUUGACGGUGCUCUUAAGAAGAUUAGUGUCUCUUCAGCAAUGUCUUUUAAAUUUGUGGAGGGUGCUUUUGUAAGUGCUUUAAAAAGUGGGCAGUGGCUUUUGUUAGAUGAAGUAAAUCUUGCUCCGCCAGAAACACUGCAGCGAAUUAUUGGUGUCCUUGAUGGAGAUCUUGGUACUUUGUGUCUUGCAGAGAGGGGUGAUGUAGAUUAUGUUGAACGUCAUCCUGAUUUUCGUUUAUUUGCCUGCAUGAAUCCUGCCACUGAUGCUGGAAAGAGGGAUCUUCCAUUUGCAUUCAAGAGUCGGUUUACUGAAUAUUUUAUUGAUGAUGUUUUUGAUGAUGAUGAUCUAAUUCUAUUUGUUAAUCAAUACCUGGGUGAAGGUAACGCCACAACUGAAUUGUCAAACAGGAUUGUUCGGUUUUACAAAUCAGUGAAGAAGGAAUCUGAGGAGAGGUUGCAGGAUGGUGCUAAUCAGAAGCCACAGUUCAGUUUACGGUCCCUAGCUCGAGCACUCAAUUAUACCAAGAUGGCUGAAAAGAGAUUUGGAUUCAAAAAAGCCCUUUAUGAUGGCUUUUGCAUGUUCUUUCUUACUCUUUUAGAUGCCCCCAGUGCUGCCAUUAUGCACGACUUGAUAUUGUCGAACUUGUUAUCAGGUGGCAUGCCUCAUGAUAUCCCUUUUAAUAGUUAUUUUUCUGGAGAUUUGGCUCCUCUUUAUGCUUCCCAGAUAAAGUCUUUCGUGGAAAAUUAUGUUCUUACAAAUACUGUUAAAGUGCAUCUUAAAAACCUUGCCCGUGCCUUCUACAUUAAGAGGUAUCCUGUUCUUCUGCAGGGACCCACAUCCAGUGGAAAAACUAGUCUUGUUCAGUAUCUAGCUUCAGUUACUGGUCAUGAAUUUGUCCGCAUCAACAAUCAUGAACACACUGAUCUCCAGGAAUAUUUUGGUUCAUACAUAACCGACUCUCAUGGUAGGCUUCAGUUCCAAGAAGGUGUGCUGUUGAAGGCUGUUCGGAAGGGAUAUUGGAUUGUCUUGGAUGAACUUAAUCUUGCUCCAUCUGAUGUAUUGGAAGCAUUAAAUAGGCUUCUAGAUGAUAAUAGAGAAUUGUUUGUGCCUGAACUACAAGAAACAAUAUCGGCACAUCCAGACUUUAUGCUGUUUGCCACGCAGAAUCCUCCAACUAUAUAUGGUGGACGAAAAAUGCUCUCAAGGGCCUUCCGCAACCGUUUUCUGGAGAUUCAUGUUGAUGAAAUUCCUGAUGAUGAAUUGACAACUAUUCUAGAGAAAAGAUGCUGCAUUCCGGCAAGUUAUGCCUCAAGAAUGGUUGAGGUAAUGAAAGAUCUGCAGUUGCAUAGGCAAAGCAGUAAAGUGUUUGCUGGAAAGCAUGGUUUCAUAACACCACGGGAUUUGUUUCGUUGGGCUAACCGAUUUAGGUUUUUUGGCAAUUCAUAUGAGGACUUGGCUAAGGAUGGGUAUUUUCUUCUCGCUGAAAGAUUGAGAGAAGAGAAUGAGAAGAAUGUUGUGAGGGAGGUGCUGGAACGUCGACUAAAUGUGAAACUACUAAUCAAUGACUUAUACAAAGCGGGACGAGGUGAGGUUGAUGCUGCACUAAAGUCCGCAGAACAAACAACAGAUAUUGGGGACUUGGCAAGAGUUACGUGGACCCAAAGUUUGUGGAAAUUAUAUUUCCUUGUUGAGCGCUGCUAUAGAUUGCGUGAACCAGUACUUUUAGUUGGUGAUACUGGGGGAGGGAAAACCACAGUAUGCCAGUUAUUGAGCAUUGUCCUGGGAUCAAGAAUGCACAUUUUAAACUGUCACCAAUACACAGAGACUUCAGAUUUUGUUGGGGGUUUCCAUCCCGUAAGAGAGAGACCAAGAUUAGCUUUGGAAUUCAGACAAUGUAUUGGAAGGAUGAAAGAAUCCAAUUUUUUUCUUCACUUGUCUGAGAAUCUUGAGUUAUCAUCUGACAUAUCUCAGGCCUCUUUGACUUUAUGCUAUUUGAACAAAAUAGAAGCUACAUAUAAUGAAGAUCCUCCAUUAUAUCCUGUCGUCACAAAAGUUGAUUUUGAAAUUUUUGAGAAGAUCAAGUUGGAACUCCUGGAACUUCAUCACAGAUGGCAGACCAUCUUUAUUUGGCAGGACGGCCCACUUGUUCAAGCAAUGAAGGCUGGUGAUCUAUUCCUUGUAGACGAGAUCUCUUUGGCUGAUGAUAGUGUACUAGAACGCCUGAACAGUGUCUUGGAACCAGAAAGGAAGCUGUUAUUAGCUGAAAAAGGGGGAUCUAUUCCAGAGACAAUAACAGCUCAUCCUAAUUUUUUCAUUCUUGCAACGAUGAAUCCUGGUGGUGAUUAUGGGAAGAAAGAACUUUCUCCAGCACUCCGAAACCGAUUCACUGAGAUAUGGGUUCCGCCAGUUAGUGAUGUUGAUGAGCUUAAAUGCAUUGCCUUUGAAAGGUUGUAUAAACCUGGUCUGAAAUGCCUUGUAAAUUGCAUGCUGAAUUUCUGGCAGUGGUUCAACAUGCUGAAAACUGGAAGGAUGCUUACGGUGAGAGAUCUUUUGUCCUGGAUUUCGUUUAUAAAUAUGACUGAAGGAAGCCUCGGCUCAGAACAUGCAUUCUUACAUGGUGCCUUCCUAGUUAUGCUUGAUGGUCUUAGUGUGGGCACUGGAAUGUUAAAAAGUGAGGCUUUAAUGUUGAGAGAAUCUUCAUUGCAUCUUCUUAUUGAGGAAUUGAAGGUAUCCGGUUUGGGUUUUAGCAACUCUCGUUUUUAUGAAAUGGAUAACUAUGGUUGGGGUGAUUUUAUGAAGCGUACAGACGCAUCAUUAACAAACAAUGCUCCUUCUGAAAACAUUUUCGGAAUCGAUCCUUUCUUCAUAGAUAAAGGUCAAGAUAACUGUAAGGAUGAAGGUUUUGAAUUCAGGGCACCUACCACUCAUAGAAAUAUUUUGCGAGUUUUGCGUGCUAUGCAACUUCCUAGGCCUGUCCUAUUGGAAGGAAGUCCUGGUGUUGGUAAAACGAGUCUAGUUAUUGCACUGGCACAACAUUCUGGGCACACUGUGGUGCGGAUUAACCUCUCUGAACAGACGGAUAUGAUGGAUCUCUUGGGCUCGGACUUGCCAGUUGAGACUGAGAAUCGAAUGGAAUUUUGCUGGGUUGAUGGCAUCCUUCUCCAGGCAUUAAAGAAUGGAUAUUGGGUACUACUAGAUGAAUUAAAUCUUGCUCCACAAUCUGUAUUAGAGGGUCUGAAUGCUAUUUUAGAUCACCGUGCUGAAGUUUAUAUUCCAGAAUUGGGCAUAACAUUUAAAUGUGCAGCAUCAUUUAGGAUUUUCGCUUGUCAAAAUCCCUCAUCUCAGGGCGGUGGGAGGAAAGGCCUUCCUAAGUCUUUUUUGAAUCGCUUUACUAAGGUUCAUGUGGAUGAGUUGGCAGCUGAGGAUUAUCUUUUCAUCUGUCAAUCAAGAUAUCCAUCAAUCCCAUCAUUACUUCUUUCUAAAUUAAUUACCUUUAAUACUCGACUUUAUGAGGAUACCAUGGUACAUUGUAAGUAUGGUCAAGACGGUUCUCCUUGGGAAUUCAAUCUGCGGGAUGUCAUUCGGUCAUGUGAGAUUAUACAAGGUUCUCCCAGUAAUGCCAUGUUUGAGAGCUUUUUAAACAUUGUAUAUCUUCAGAGGAUGCGCUCUGCAGAAGAUCGAAGAGAAGUUUUGAAGGUUUAUGAGGAGGUCUUUGGUCUGAAACCUUCUAUAUCUCAAUUUCCAGAAGUAUGCAUCAAUCCACAAUAUUUGGUUUUUGGUAGUGCUCGUGUUGAAAGAAAUCAUUGUCAACCAACAAAGGCUUUCAAGAGUCAGCUCAAUCUCUUGCCAGGGUUUUCCCAAUGUUUGGAAGCAAUCACUCAUUGUGUACAGAGGCAGUGGUUGUGCAUUUUAGUUGGUCCAUCUUCUUCGGGGAAGACUUCGGUGAUACGGUUGCUAGCUCAACUGACAGGAAAUGUCUUGAAUGAACUGAAUCUUUCUUCAGGGACAGAUGUUUCUGAAUUGCUUGGUUGUUUUGAGCAAUACAAUUCCUUCCGAAAUUAUAAAGCUUUAAUGUCCCAAAUUGAACGAUAUGUUGAUGAAUAUUUUAGUAUAGGGCUGGAGACAAACUGGAAAGAUUUUAUACAUGAAAGGAAGAGUCUGUUUGCAAAGUGGUUUUCUUUCUUUUCAUCCCAUAAUCCUUCAAAGUUUACUUCUUCAUUUGCCUCUUCAUGGAUGGGUGAAUCCUCCAGGUCCAUUGACCCUUUAGUUGAUAUAAUUAAACAACUACAACAUGAUCUUAACAUGUUCUCUUUGCCCGUUUCUUAUUCAUGCACGGAUCUAGAUAAAUCUCUAAAAGUUAUUCAAGUUUUACAUAAAAACCGGCUUGUGCAACCUUCAGCCAAGUUUGAAUGGGUAACUGGAAAUUUAGUCAAGGCCAUUGAACUUGGUGAAUGGGUUGUAUUGGAUAAUGCAAAUCUCUGCAACCCCACAGUCCUCGAUAGAAUCAACUCUCUGGUAGAACCAAAUGGAUCUAUUACAAUUAAUGAAUGUGGUCUUGUCGAUGGGAAGCCUUUAGUACUUGAUGCUCACUCUAGAUUUCGGAUGUUUAUCACUAUAGAUCCUAAAUAUGGUGAAGUCUCCAGAGCAAUGCGGAAUAGAGGGAUUGAAAUAUUUAUGCUCCAACCAGAGUGGUUACCAGUCGAAUUAAACACCACAUUUGAGGACAUGGAAGUAAAUAGUGUGAAGAGGUUCUUAACUCUAUCCGGCAUUCCCAUGCACAAAAUGGUAUUGGCAAUGAGUGAGGCACAUUUGUCUGCAAGAACUGCAGGGUUAAAUCUUGGUGUCCGCAUCACACUUCUUGAACUUGCUCGCUGGGUUCAGUUGUUCCAGCAGCUUAUCAUGAAUGGGAAUGAUCCCAUGUGGAGCCUUCAAUUAAGUUGGGAGCAUACUUAUCUAGCAGCAUUGGGUGAGCUGGGAGGGAUAGAGGUGGUUACGCAGGGGAAGAUUUCAUACUUGUCUGAUACUGAAUUGUACAGAAUAGAUCCACUUUCAGGUUGCUCUUUAUCAUUAGCUGGUGGAUGGCCAUUGCCCUAUACACUUAAGAAUUUUGUGCACUACUCAAGGGAAUCCUGUGUACAACAAAAUUUCUUGUAUUUGGAGUUCCUAAGUUCUCAAUGUGCUUCUUAUUGCGUAAGUAAUACUGCUAAUUUGUCUUCAGGGAGCGAGAGACUCUUCCCGGCCAUUUUACCAGUAGAGAUGCUGAAUCAACAUUUAUUCCCAAAAGUUCAGCAUGGUCAUAUGCAGGCGAUAUUUGAUUUGGUACAAGCUAAUCAGAUGUUAUUCUUUGCUGCUAACUGGACAAUUGAACAUGCAACAGAAAGUGAUCUUGAUUUGUAUAUUGGGUGGUUUAGAUGGUACCAUAAGAAACUGCAGCCAUAUUGUUGUUUCUUUGAGUCAUUCUGUAUGAUUCUUGAGCAGGAAAGGGAUCAUCCCAUUUGGAAGUGUAUUCGAAAGUGCCGGAUGGAGUUGCUUGCUCAUAAUGGAAUUAACAUUGAUAUGCAUCCCAUUCCACUGCUUUCACUGAAGUUAGUGGAUUUUUCUAUUUCAGACUCACUCCUUUUGAAUAGCCAACAUUGUCUUAUUAAUGCAAUUCAUUGUGUAAGCUUGUUGAGGCGUACUUAUCAACAGUGGAAUACUGAAAUAGCAUUUUCAUCAACUGAAGAUACAUUCAAGUGUGCAAUGCAACGAAUAUUGUUCUCUCUGAGGCAACUAGAAAGUGAGGUGCUGAACCAUAUUACAAACUUUAAUGACCUGUUCCAUGAAUACUUGUUCUUUGUAGAAUUGCAUACUCUGUUCUGGGAAAAUGUUCAAUCAUCUCAUUUUGAACACCUGCCUACAAUUUGGAGUUGGCUAAAGAAGAAAGCAAUAAAAUUUCAGCCAAGAUUUCCUGAAGCUGUAGGUGCAUUUUUGGUUGAAGGUCUAAAUCUUAAAUUUGCACCUGGAUGGAAAUUUGACUACACAUCACCCACAUUAUGGGUGCAUGGGGGGCAUCCUUUUAUUCCAUCCUCUUCAGAUAUAUUUUACAAACUGAAACAAAUAACUGGAAUUUGUGAGGCAAUUUGGCAAACACGAAGGCUGUCUGAGGAAAUUCACGAAGAUGAAAAUUCAAAGCUUGAUGCUAUCAUUUCAACCAAUACUGAUCUUAGGCGCCUGGCAACAGAAGGAGUUAGUAUGUCAAUAUAUAUCGCAACCAAGUGCAACCAAUAUGAUGAUCAGUGCUUGUGCCAGUUGAAUGAGAUAUAUCUGAGCAUUUUGAGUAGAUUUGAAAAUGAAAGAAGAUUUUUGGAAUCAAAUUUCAGGUCUGCACAAAAUGGGCAGGCUCCUUCUGCGCGAUGUUUAAAAAGAACGUGCUGUGUUUUCGCUUCAGAGAUUUUAUGCAGGAAAUCAUGUUUUGAUAGUUGGUUGGUCAUUCUUCUCUUGCUUAAUAGAAGGAGCCUGUCCCUCGAUAUCAACUUGCUCUUGAAGUUAUCAAAUACUGCCUUGGUUGAUGCUGGGCAGGCUCUUCCCUGUUUUUCUGAUCUUCUUCAACAUGCUCUGGACUAUUCUUUGGAUAACUCAUCAAGGUCACCUGCUGACUUUUCUCCACACCAGACAUUUUUGUGGAUUUUUGAUGCUGGAGGUUCAAUAGAUUCAGUACAUCCAAAAAUUUCCAGUUUAAUUCUUGAAAUGUGGUUUAGAUGGCAUUCUUCUUUGUGGAAUUGCUUCUCUGAACGAGCCAAGAGUUAUCCCAUGCUAAAGGGAUUAGUUUAUGAAUUGUUUCCAACUAGAAUACAAAUUUUAGGCUUCAUCCUCCAAGGUGUUUUUCCAAUUAAAGACUUUGAUGUUAACUGCUUGAAACUUAGAGCCUUGUCUAGAGCUCUUUGGCAAGAUUCUCCUCUACAGGAUAGCUUGAUUAAUGUUCUCUUAUCUUCAGCUAAUUGCCUAUUUAAACAGAUCCUUUUUGUACAUGAAAAACAUUUUGAUAAAGAUGUAUUUGCGAAGAUCAAAUCAAUUCUAUUCGAAUUGACGAACCGUGAUGCAAGGGAUGAAGAGCUACAAUCUUUGAGAUCAUUGAUUUUGUCUUCAAACCAUGCCCUGCUCUCUUCACUUAUGGAGUCUGUUAUACAACCUUUGCUUGAAGGACUAUAUAUGGGACGCUCAUCAAAUGGUAGUUUUGUAGACUUCUGUAGCCUUGGCCAAGCAUGGGUGCACCUUGGGAUACUACGUUUCCAUCUAUUAUUAAACCCAGAUGGUCAUGAUCCGGUUGCAAAGAGUGCUUUGAAGCAUUCAUGGAUACUACGGAGGAUGUCCCUUCUUGAACUUGAAAAAAAGGUACGAAGAGAAUGUGAGCUUCUAUCUCAAAAAAGCAGUGACAGAGUUGAUGAGAGAAUUAGAGAAUCUCAAGAUAAGUUGGAGAUGGAAGAGAAACGAGCGCGAGCGAAGGUUGUUUUUCGCCCAGAACCUUCAAAAUAUAAAAAGCUGAAAUUAGAAUGCACUAAUUUUCUUGAGCUUCUUGUAUCUUGUUCGUUGCUGCUAAAAACUGUCAGAUGCAAUAUAGAUAUUGACACUAUGAUUGAGAUGGAAAAGAACUGGCAGGUCACCGCCAAAUCCUUUAUUAAUAGAUUGUCUGAAGAUUUUGCUGAAUACAUUGACUUGGUCCAACCAAUUCAGGUUGCUGUGUAUGAAAUCAAGCUUGGCAUGUCAUUGGUCAUAUCUGGUGUUCUGGAAAGAGAAUAUUUGAAGAAGAUUGGAAUAAAUAAAUUAGAUACUAUUUUGCCUCCAUUGUGUUCUCUUAUGCAGUUUCCUAAAGUGUUGCCAGUCAGGCGUAAUCUUAUAACUCUUACGAACUUAUCUAGACCGAAACUGAAAGCCUGUGAAAAUACUGGCUGUGAAAGACUGCAAAUUCUUGACAUAAACCUACUGAACUCUUUGAUUGUUAUUUCCAAUGAACAACAAUCAAUUAUUUGCCACAUUGCUUUCCUUCAUAUCGCUCUCACUAUAAGCAGUUCUCUAGUUAUGGACAAGGGUUCUUUCUUGCUUUUGAAUGAGAUAUUUCGACGCUUUUCAAGCUUUUGGAUGGGGAUGAAAUCUAAUGCAAAAGCAUCAAAAGAAGAGGAAACUCAAUAUUAUAAGUUUAGGCCCCGUUCUAUCACAUUGGAUGAUGUUGUGAAUGGAGAUAUUUCUUCAUUUGGUAUGUUGGAAUCAGGUGGGGAUCUUUCAUCUGAGUGGCAAGAAUUGUUAAUGGAGCAAGAAUUCUCUAAAGUGAAGGAAUCUCCAAAGGAAGUUGGAAAUGUUGAAGAAGACUGGUCCUUGAUUCCUGAUUCGAUUUUGAGGAGUUUGGUGAAAGUUCAUGAUCAGUUAUUUGGGUCAGGAAAUCUUCUUAAAUGUCCUGGUGUUUGCCUAAUCACCGAUGAGGAAAGACUGCUUUUAUUUAUGGACUCCUACAGGCUAGGAACAACAAUCUUAGAAGGUUUUCAAUCACUAACCUCCUCGAUCAUGGAUGACAGCCUACUUCCAGAACAUCUUCUACGUGUGUGUCUAGCGUAUCAAUGGUCGUCUGGCAGUAAAUCUGCUCAUUCUUAUAAUGUAUACAAGGAUUCAAAUGCUGAUGUCAUGUUCAAAAUGGUAGAACCACUAACUGCCAUCCAAAGUAAGGUUAAAUCAUUCCUAGUAGAGUGGCCAGACCAUCCUGGUCUUAUGAAAAUAAUGGAGAUCACUGAAACACUUUUGGAUGUUCCACCAUGCACCCCUUUAUCAAAAGCUCUGCCUGGAUUGCAACUUCUUGCUGGUAAAAUUCAUUUCCUUCAAGAAAAUGAUUCCAGGUUUUUUUUUAAAGAUGAGAUGCAACUAUUGUAUACUACAAUAUCGUCAUGGCAAAAGCUUGAGGUAGACUCAUGGCCUACAUUACUUGAUGGAGUUAGUGAGCAACAUGAGGUGAAUGCUACAAAGCUAUGGUUUCCUCUGUAUGGUGUUCUUCAUCGUAGUUUUUCUGGUGAUGCCAAAGUUGAUGAUUUGCUAACAAUACAAAGUGUCGAGGAGUUUAUUUGUACAUCUACUGUAGGGGAAUUCAAGAAGCGUCUUUUUCUUCUUCUUGCUUUCCAUGGACAACUUAAAGAUGGUAUUCACUUGCAAGUUUAUUCUAGUCCUCAUGCGGAAGAAAACCUGAAAAUUCUGUAUAAUACUUUUGGAUAUUAUGUGCAAUUCCUUCCAAGAGUAUUGGAACACAUUGAAGCUGGUAAAGGAAGUGUAGAAAAAGACUUGAAGGAGUACCUGAAGCUUUUCAGUUGGGAACAUCCUUGUGCUCGCGUAUCUAUAGAGAAUUUCAGGAGGACUCGACAAAAAAUAUGGAAACUCAUUCAAAAGUUCAAUGUUGUCUUGCAAGAACCAGUAAUGGUUGUUCUUAAUGAAGAGGCAAAAUUAAAAAGACAGGAACCCGUUUGGCUUGAGCAGAACUUAUCUGGUAAAGGCAAACUAGAUGUAAUGGAGCUGCAGUUUCCGAUUGAUCUUGUAAAGCUCAGGAGUACAGAAAGGUUCCUAUGGUUUGGUGACUGGAAAAACAAAACAAAUUCAACCUUUGAAAAUUUCUAUGAUGGAAAAAGCAAUAGAUUGUGCAUUUCUUCUGAAUACAUAUGCAAGAAUCUUAAGGUGGUAUGGGAUGAGGGAUGGAAUGCGCUUGAAAGAAUUUGCCAACAUGCGGCUGGAUUUUCUCAUGUUUGGAAGCAGGAAACAAGAAAUCUUAGGAAAAGGAGAGCAUUAAGCGAUUUUCUACAAGUUUUGGAAAAAUGUGGGCUAUCAAGGCACAAAUUGGUUGAUUUACAGGAACAUAAAUCAGGGCAGCCUAGUAGCUCAUUUCUUCAGCCAUCAUAUGACAUGCAACAUCUUCUAGUGCAAGCGUGCCCUUCAUCAACUGAUGCCAGUACCUGUCUUCCCAACAAGGCUGAAAAACGCAUUGAUGUUAGAUGCGCUCAUAUAUGGGAAGUUGCAAACAGAUUCUAUUUUAAAAGCUUAAGUAUGAUUCAACAGUUGUAUGAACUUCAAACCUGUUUCAGUAAGGACCUUACUUUAGAACUGGUGAAUCACCUAGUAUCUUAUAUAGAACACUUGGUUGUAAUUCAAAGGGACCAACGAUCUGUUGUUUAUUAUGUCUCUGAGCAGCUUAAAAAACUAUGGCAACAGUGCUACUCAUUAGGCAGCAUUGGAACAGGUAGUCAUUGUUCCUUGUCCGCACAUCAAUACCUUAUAUGGAAACACAUGUGGCAACAGAAGGAUCUUUUCGAUAGCUUUCUUUCCUUUUCGAAAGAUAUGAAAGUUUUCCUUUUAACUGUCAAGAAGUGUCAUAUGGAUGCUUGCAAUAAAAUCAGUGCUGAAGCUGACGUCAUAUCUGCUAUUUUUGAUAAGUUCGUCCCUUUGUUUAUGCAGUCAAAGGAUGAGUUGGAUUGUUACCUUCUUGGUAGCAGUGGAGUUGUUAUAACUUCAAAUACAUACACACCUUCUAUUGUUUCCAUGCAAAUGGAAGAAUUUGUUAGGCACAACUACCAUAUUAUUAACACAUUGGAAGAAGCUGUUCAUGGCAUACAAAAGGGUUAUCCUGAAUCUAUUAAAGAUUCUUUGUUAAAUCGUCUCAAAGAGAUCAUCAACGAGGGAAACAAAGAAAUGACAGCUUUCAACGCUGAAGUGGAGGCAAAUAAACAAAAAAUGCCUGAUGAUCACUCAUUUAAUAUGCUGAGUACUUCAUUCUUUGAUGCUUUUGAGCGCACACACAAAGCAAUUAUUGAAGCAUUUGGAAAAAUAGACCCUACUCUUGCUGAUCAAGCUAGUAGUGUAGUUUUUUCCAUGGAAGAAAUAACCUCAUGGAAGAACAUUUUUAAAUCGUACAUGGCAAAUUUACAUCUGGACCAAAUUCAUGAUGGUUUACUUGAAACAAUCACUGCAGCGAAUCACCUGGUGGAGUGUGCUGGUAUUCAGAAUCCUGAACUGUGCUCUCAAAUAGGAAUAUGGUUAAAGCGUCUUCAUCUAUUGCUCAAACUCUUACUUGAAUUCUGUGAGGGAAUCCUAUUUGAGUUUUUAGAUGCGCAUAGAACAAUUGCUGAAAUGACAAAUGUUCUUGCUUAUAUAUUUACCUUGCUAUUAUAUAAAGGCUUUGGUGCCAUCGAAGAUCAAACUGAAAAUACUGUCCAAGGAUCACGGGAUUGUAGUGGUACUGGUAUGGGAGAAGGUGAAGGCGUAAAUGACGUUAGUGAUCAAAUAGAAGAUGAAGCUCAAUUAACUGGAACUUCUGAAAAGGAUGUACCUGAUGGUUCUGAAAAAGUACCAACUGGUAGGGAUAGAGGCAUAGAAAUGGAUGAAGAUUUUGCUGCUGAUUCCUUCAGUGUUAGUGAGGACUCGGAGAGUUAUGAUGAUGGGGAUGAUGGGGAGGAUUUGAACAUAGAAUCAAAAGUGGGCGAAACUGGAGAUACAGACAAAAUUGUUGAUGAGAAGCUUUGGGACAAGGAAAGUGACGCAGAACCUGAAAACUCUUUUGAAAAGUAUCAGUCAGGCCCAUCUGUUGAAGAGAUGGAUACUAGAGGUAGGGAACUCAGAGCUAAACAGGAGGAUACCCCUGCAGUUGAAGAGUCUGAUCAGUGUGACAAGCAUGGAUCUGAUGGACUAAAUGAGGAGCAAAAAGAUUCUCCUGUUGGUGAAAAUAAUGUUGAUGAUAUGAUACUGGAUGAAAAUGCUGCAGUUGAAGACCAAACUGGAAUACAGUCUACGAAACAAGAAAAUUUUCAAGAAGACAAUGAUAUGGAGGAGACUCAAGGUUCAGGUAAUAUGGAUGAGGGAGAUGCUAUUCCUGAUGAAUCUGAUAAGGAAAUUGGGGAUGAUGAUUUAUCAAAUCACACUGAUCAUAUGGAUGAAGAAAAUGCUGCUCUUGCUGAAGAAGGACAUGAUACUAAUGAUAAUCCAGAGAAUAAAGAUAACAAAAAUGUAGAGCUGGAGACAAGUAUAAAGGUUCCUGAAUCAGAUAAGUUCGACUCAAUUGAGUAUCCUCAGAAUACAGUAGAUAUGGUCAACCAACUGCAGGCCCCUUUCAGUGUAAAUUCAAGCUUAGAACCAGCGAUGUGUUGGUCUGAUAAUAAUUGUAGUGAUAUGAACAAUUGCAUUGCACCUUCUAGUAUUUCAAAGGAUGAACACGCAAAUCUACAGGUUUUGAUGCCCAACUCAAGUGAUUCUUCUAAGUUAGCUCCUGAUAAACCACAACCCCAGAGUACCCAAGGUGAGGCUAAAUCCAGACACUUGAAAGAGACCAACCCGUUUAGGAGCAUAGGGCAAGCCUUGGAAAACUGGAAAGAAAAAGUUGCAGUACUAGAUGAUCUCCUAGAAGAACAAUUUUCUAAUCCUGAUUAUAUGAAUGAGGGUGAAAGUGCUACCGAGUUUAGAUAUGUAUCUGAAGGAGAAAAAAGUACAUCUCAAGCUCUUGGGCCUGCAACAGCUGAUCAGAUUAAAAAUAAUGUGGAUGGAAACAAAAGCCAUGAGAUCCAAAUUGAUAACAUGAAGGAGCAUCAUGAUGAAAUGAAAGAAGAACAUCCUGAAACAAAAUCCCUUAGGACUGCGAAUGCUGCAAUCUUUAGUGAGAAGCAUAUUGAAGAAUUGCCGGAAACAGCAGCUGGAAGUGAAGCCCCUUUUGAAGGAUUGCAGCAUGGUUACACUGGAAACAUUUUUUCUGGAGAUGUUGUCUCAUUCAGAAGCUCAUACAUUAAUGAGAAAAUUUUACCUCUUGUUAGUGAUGUUAUUGGUAUGGAUCUAUCAAGAUCUGUAGAUAAUGAACAGAUUACUGGCAAUAUGAACCAGAAAGCUAUUGCGGAUUGGAGAAGAUAUGAACUGGCCACCACCAGGUUGUCCCAAGAAUUGGCUGAACAACUUCGUGUUGUUUUGGAACCUACUCUUGCCAGCAGACUUCAAGGUGAUUAUAAGACUGGGAAGCGAAUAAACAUGAAAAAGGUUAUUCCAUACAUUGCUAGCCAUUUCCGGAGGGAUAAGAUUUGGUUGAGGCGAACCAAACUCAAUAAACGUGAUUACCAGGUGGUGAUUGCAAUUGAUGAUUCACGUAGUAUGUCUGAAGGCAAUUGCAGUAAUUUCGCGAUUGAAGCUUUGGUGACAGUAUGUCGUGCAAUGUCACAAGUUGAAGUAGGACAAUUUGCAGUUGCAAGCUUUGGUGAAAAGGGUAACAUUACACUUCUUCACGACUUUAAUCAGCCUUUCAGUGGGGAAGCUGGAGUCAAUGUGAGUACAGGAGCAUCUCUUGAUACCAUAAAUGUUUUACUCUUAAAAAAACAUUUCUUGAUAUGCUUAUUCGUCUAUUUGCUACAGAUGAUCUCUAGCUUGUCAUUCCAACAAGACAAUACCAUAACUGAUGAACCAGUGGUUGAUCUGUUGAAGUACUUGACCAACAUGCUUGAUGCUGCAGUUAUAAAAGCACGUUCACCUUCAGGGCAAAAUCCUAUUCACCAACUUAUUUUGAUCAUAGCUGAUGGCAAAUUCCAUGAAAAGGAAAACUUGAGGCGCUGUGUUCGUAAUGUCUUGAACAGAAAGCGAAUGAUCGCAUUUAUACUUCUAGAUAGUCCGCAAGAAUCUAUAACGGACUUAAUGGAAGCAUGCUUUGAAGGCCAAACUCUUACUUUUAAGAAGUACUUGAAUGCUUUUCCUUUUCCUUACUAUAUUGUCUUGAAGAACAUUGAAGCGCUACCACGUACUCUAGCUGAUCUACUUAGACAGUGGUUUGAGCUUAUGCAAAGCAUGGGUGAGUGAAUUCUGUCGCCAAAUGUCUUUUUCAACCUACAACGAAGCUAGCAGCAAUUCUUGUUGAAGGAAGCUGUUUGAACCCUGCCAUUAUUUUUGCUCAGAUGACAAUUUUUUUGUGUCAACUCCCAUGUCGAAGUUAAUGCAUGCUUUUAAAAAUGAAACGGGAUAGGACCUGUUUCAUAAUAACAUUCUUGUAGUUGCAAACAAAGUAACAGUAAAUGUAUACUUACCUUAAACUGUCUUAUUUAUAUAAUGCCAUUAUUUUUCACCAAAUGUUGGGAACUAAAGCUUUAGUAUUUUCAAUGAAAAGUGUUUAUAAUGAUUA